UCUUGGUUACAUUCCAUGUUUCAACACAUAACUCACUAUUGUUGCUAGGGUUUCCCCCCAAAAAAGAAAAGACAGUCCUACUGUCAAGGAAGCAUUUGAUAGCUCUCCAUUGCUGAGAAUGUAGAGAUAUUAAGUCCCGCUGUUUGUUACAUAACUUUUCUAUUUUCUCCCUCCCGCCUCGUCCCGUGCCACCGAGUUCACGCCUGUUUAGUAAUCACCACGCUGCUUGACAAAGGGGGAAAAAAAAAAAAAACGAAAAAGAUGGUUAUUUCCCGUCAUCAGCCGGCGUGGGGCUCUGGCUUAGUUGGUAGUCUGGAAGAAUGUCUGCCAACAGUUUCUGGAACCAAAAGUAAUAUGCUGGUAUCGGCCCCUGCUCGAGGUUCCACCAGCGCCCCACUGUUCCAAGUACAUAAUAAUUUAUUCCCUUGUAUUCCAUUCCCACGCCACCAGGUCCGUGUCAGCUUAAUGGACAUCAUACUAUGGUUAACGCCACGCCGCAUUUCUUCCCGAGAAAGAAGGAUAUUUCUUCUCAGCCGGUGUGGGGAUAUGGCUUAGUUCAGUCUAUAGAGAUGGCUACCACUUUGAUUGCCUUCAAUAUUUCAGCAAGAGACUUACUAUUCUUGUUAGGAUUUCCCACCAAAGUCCGACCAGUUAAGAAGGAACCAUUUCAUAUUGGUUAUGAUUAAAUGACAUUAGGUCGCACGGCCAUGGCAGCGGCCUCGCAGCUUUGAAUUUCUGUAUAAAGUCCAGGGAAAGUACAGCCAGAAAUUACACGUCACUACAAACUUUAACCCUAUUAUGGUCCCCCCAAAGUCCAACCCGUUACAAAGGAACCAUUUCAUAUUGCUGAUGAUUAGAUGACAUUAGGGACAGCCGCUUUCUUGCCACGUCCUCACAUUCUCUUGCUUUUCAGCAUGCAUGUCUGGGGUUUAAAUUUUCAGGCCAGUUGUAUAGGAUUGGGGCCUAUCCUAAAGACCUCCUUGUCAGAGACCUUUUCUCCAAAUACAGUCAAACUAUAUGCAGAAUCUCCUGCCCCCGCACGAAGAUUACAUGGUGCUGGGGGGCAGUUUAUGGGUGUGACUGCCAAGCUACUGGAAAACUAGGAAUCUGGGUGGAGGAGGCCCAAUCCCGAUCUGAGCAGGCUUGGAGAUCUCAGCUACGGGUCCUGCAUCCUCUGUCGGUCCCUUCAUGCGUGAGGCUCGUCUGAGCGUGUGGAAAGUGGCCUUGAGCGUGGCUGCAGCUGGGUUCUGGAGGGUUUUGGCUGCUGGUGUUCUGCUUUGGGUGGGGAGGGAAACUCAACCUGCCCCCACCCCGAGGUGCGGGAUGACAGUGAUACAGUCAAACUGAGAAAGCAGAGGCAGAGAUUUGCAAACUUAUUGCCCCCUUUUCAGAAAAUAAAAUCUCAGCAUCUGCUAGGAAAUAGCACCCUAAAUUAUAGUCUAGGGUGCUGCUGCCCUCCACCCCACCCCUGGGUACCAGUGGAGGGUGGGAUUGUUCACUUUAUGUAACAUCAGGUUAGUUCCAACAGAAAUUUGGACCCUAGGGACCUAGGUCCAGUGGACACGUACUUGCCUGGCAUGUGUCUAGCCUGGGUCCAAUCCCCAGCUCUGCAUAUAUUUCCCCGGGCCUGCCAGGAGCAAAUCCUGAGCCCAGCUAGGUAUGGUCCAAAAACAAACAAAAAUUUGGGACAUAAAAUGCCAGCCCAUAACAAAGACUAAAUGACAAAGUAGGAACUUGAUAGAAACUCAUGUUUCCUUUAUUUGGCAUAGGUAAAGAAUUCGAGCUUAAUUAGGGCAUAAUUUUAAUUCCUCACUGUGGAAAACAAAUGAACUGCUGCAGAACCUCCACCCAUGAGAUAUAGAGCCCGAUGAUUUUUUUUUUUAGAUUUAAGGGAAAUUUCAUGUGUUUUAUGUUAAACUGGAGAAACUGACAGCACAUGUACUUUUUGUUGAUAUGUAAAAUUGCAUUCCAUUUCUUUAAACCUCAUUAAAGAAUUUAAUCACUGACACCUUCCAGAUUAAAACUAUGACCACCUGGCUAGGGGGUGGGAGAUGGCUCAAAGGGCCAGGCUGUGUGCUCUGCAUGCAGGAGCCCAAGGUUCGAACCUUAGCACCACACUGUUUCUCGGAGCCACUGGGAGGGGCCGGAGCGAUAGUACAGUGGGUAGAGUAUUUGUCUUGCACACAGCUGACCCGGGUUCAAUCCCUGGCAUCCCAUAUGGUCCCCUGAACACUGCCAGGAGUAAUUCCUGAGUACAGAGCCAGGAGUAACCCCUGAGCAUUGCUGGGUGUGACCCAAAAAGAAAAAAAAAAGUAAAAGAAAAAAAUAACCACUGGGAGUUCCUGAGUACUGCUAGGUGCAGCCCUCAAAAGCAAAAAAAAAGCUGCUUCGUAGCCAUCUAAAGACUGUACAAUUAAUUUGCCAGUGAAUAUUUAUAGCACUACACAAUUUUCAGUUUAACAGGAGACAGAACAGUACAGGGGGAGGACAUAUAUUUUUUUUUAAUCGGAUUGCAAAGGCAUAAGGAAAAAAUGCCAGUUGAGGGAUGUAUAAGUAGGAAUGCCUUUAGUUGAGUUAGACAAAAAAAAAAAAGGGGGGGAGUGGGGGGGAGGAAGAAAUAACAAUCCCCAAACAACUUCUAAAUUAAAGGCAACAAUAAACAAUAAAAGGAAAAAAAGGAGCGGUUGAGACAUUUCCCACCUCGAGCAGCAGUCGACUUCUCCACGUAGAACCCAGGAUUAGGAGAUUCAGAAUCGAAUCUCUUCUCCCUCCCCUUUUGUGAGAUUUUUUUGAUCUUCAGCUACAUUCUUUCUGACUACGUGAGGAACUUAAUCAUCAAAGAUAAUGGCCAGCAAUGUCACCAACAAGACAGACCCUCGCUCCAUGAGUUCCCGUGUAUUCAUUGGGAAUCUGAAUACUCUGGUGGUCAAGAAGUCUGAUGUGGAGGCAAUCUUCUCAAAAUAUGGCAAAAUUGUUGGCUGCUCUGUUCAUAAGGGCUUUGUCUUUGUUCAGUAUGUUAAUGAGAGAAAUGCCCGUGCUGCUGUGGCAGGAGAGGAUGGCAGAAUGAUUGCUGGCCAGGUUUUAGACAUUAAUCUGGCUGCAGAGCCAAAAGUGAACCGAGGAAAAGCAGGUGUGAAACGAUCUGCAGCGGAGAUGUACGGCUCCUCUUUUGAUUUGGACUAUGACUUUCAACGGGAUUAUGACAGGAUGUACAGUUAUCCAGCACGUGUUCCUCUUCCUCCCCCUAUUGCUCAGGCUGUAGUGCCCUCAAAACGCCAGCGUGUAUCAGGAAACACCUCACGAAGGGGCAAAAGUGGCUUCAAUUCUAAGAGUGGACAGAGAGGAUCUUCCAAGUCUGGAAAGUUGAAAGGAGAUGAUAUCCAGGCUAUCAAGAAGGAAUUGACCCAGAUAAAACAAAAAGUAGAUUCUCUUCUGGAAAACCUGGAAAAAAUAGAAAAGGAACAAAGCAAACAAGCAGUAGAGAAGAAGAAUGACAAAUCAGAAGAGGAGCAGAGCAGCAGCUCCCUGAAGAAGGAUGAGACUAAUGUUAAGAUGGAAUCUGAGGGGGGUGCAGAUGACUCUGCUGAGGAGGGGGACCUGCUCGAUGAUGAUGAUAAUGAAGAUUGGGGGGGAGACCAGCUGGAGUUGAUCAAGGAUGAUGAAAAAGAGGCUGAGGAAGGAGAGGAUGACAGAGACAGCGCCAAUGACGAGGAUGACUCUUAAGCACAUAGCGGGGUUUAGAAAUCUUGUCCCAUUAUUUCUUUAUCUAGGCGCUUGUCUAAGAUCAACACCAGAUCCUCUCCCCUAGUAUCUUCAGCACAUGCUCACUGUUCUUCCCAUCCUUGUCCUUCCCAUGUUCAUUAAUUCAUAUUGCCCUGUGCCUAGUCCCAUUUUCACUUCCUUUGACGCUCCUAGUAGUUAUGUUAAGUCUUGCCCUGUAAUUUUUGCUUUUAAUUUUGAUACCUCUUUAUGACUUAACAAUAAGAAGGAUGUAUGGUUUUUAUCAAAAAAAUAAAAGGGAAAAAAGGAAGAAAAAAAGGAAAAUGAGAGAGGGAGAGAGAGAGAGAGAGAGAGGAGCAUCUGCCAAAGAGGCAGGCUGUGGGGAUGGGAAGGAAACUGGGGACAUUGGUGGUGGGAAAUGUAAACUGGUGAAGAGAUGGAUACUGGAUGACUAAAACCCAAUCAUGAACAACUUUGUAACUGUGUAUCUCAUGAUAAUUCAAUUAAAAAUGUUUUUAAUGAAAAAUAAUUUAAUUAAUUUUUUAACUUUCUUAUUCUUUUUUUCUUUUUGGGUCACACCUGGCAGUGCCCAGGGGACCAGAUGGGAUGCUAGGAAUAGAACCCGGGUCGGCCGUGUGCAAGGCAAAUGCCCUACCUGCUGUGCUAUUGCUCCAGCCCCUUAAUUUUUUUUUUGACUGUCCAAGUUUUAGGUCUGCCUAAGAAUCCAUCUGUGGUCUCACAGGCCAGCUGAUGGUGCAAUACAGUAUCACUUCCCCACCCUGGCUCUUGCUUUCCACUCACACUUUAUAAAUACUGUGUUUUACAAAGCUGUUCGUGAUGACUUAGACAUCCAAUAUACCAAUGGCUAAUCCCACCACCAUUGCACCUUCCCACCACUAUUAUUUGGUGGGUGAGCCCAGAAUGCACCCAAACAGAGCCCCAGUAGCAAAAACCUCUACACUCCACGGUUGCUACCAUGCCCCUGGCCAGACUCCAGUGCUCGAGAUGAGCCUCAUCCAGAAAUUAGUCUGUUGAAAAACACAG